UUUAUUUGAAUGUCACGUUGGAUAACUUCAAAACUCUUUCAAAAAGUUUCUUGAAACCUAUCACAUUGUUUUUUAAUAAAAAAAAUGUAUUAAAUAGUUUCAAAAUAUACCUUAAACUGUGAUUAUUUUUCUACAAGGAAUGUUUUCGUGAUAUUUUCAAAUAGUUUUAAUUAGUUGUUAAUUUUUACCCCCAUUAAAUUAAUUAAAUAUGUCUACUACAACAUUAAAUACACUUAAUAAAUUUGUUUUUGAACAAGUGAUUUUUGAACGACGUGUACUUUUUGGAUGUACAGUACUUGUUGGAUUAUCUACAAUUGUAUGGAUUGUAUCAAUAUCAACAGAUUAUUGGUCUCUGAUUAAUGGAACUGUCAAAGAAACACCAGGAUUUAUAAGCAGUAAUUCUGGAUUAUGGAGACUAUGCCGCAAUGAAUAUCUACUAGAGAAAACAAAAAAAAAUUUGACAAUGCCUAUGAAUGAUUCAGAUGCAGCAGCCAUUGAAGAAGAGACAUUAUGUAAAUAUCACGAUUGGUUUCCAAACAAUCAAAAAGUCAAAACGGACGAAACAUUGAUAAAUUAUAGCCGUACCGAAGUGUCUUUUGCUGUAAUUAGUUUAUUUUUAAUGAUAAUGGGAUUUUUCUUCUCAAUUUAUACGUUUAGAAAUCCACGCUAUACGUUUAAACGACUCGCUGGUGGAAUACUUUUCAUAUCAGCUGCUACAGUAUUGGUUGUUAUUGAAGUACUAAUAAGUUCAAUCGAUUAUGAAAUGAAAAAUGUUAAAUACAAAGGUGCUACGCAUAGUUAUGGUUACAGUUUAUAUUUAGCAUGGUACGUUUUCGGAACCUUAAUAUUCGCUGGUAGUUGUUUUCUGAUUUAUUCCAAGAAACGAAAAGGAGUCAAAGCACCAAAUGACAUACUUGCAAUGGCGGAUGAACCGACAAUAAUUGGACGAUAAUUUUUUUUUUAAAUCAUACAAAAUAUAAUAAAUAAUAAAAGACUCUUAAAUUUAAGAGCAUUGAGCUGUGACAAAUUUUUUAUUUAAUUUCAAAUUAUUAAUAAAUAAUUCAGACUGUAAGACAUUUCAAAAUUAAAUUAAAUUAUUAUGAAAAUAUAUUUUAGUGAAUUUUAACUAGGUAUUGAAUUUUGUAAGGACCAUUCAUAGAAUACGUAAUGCAAGGAUUUGGGAGGGGGAGGGAUAUUGUUUGUACAUGAAAUGCGACAGUAGGACAGGAGGGUUCUACUUCACUUGAUUGUCAACUUUGU